AUGCAAGUUUUAGAUACUGAGACAAGGUGGAACUCAACUUGGUUGAUGUUGUCCAUUGCAUACCACUAUAGAGAAUUCUGGCCCAGAUAUGCCGAAGAAAAUGAUGCAUUUCUCACCUUUUUGCCUGAUACAAAUGAUUGGGAAGAUGUUCAUGAUGUUGGCAAGUUUUUGGAGGUUUUUGCUGAUAUUACAUCAAUUAUUAGUGGCACCUCUUACCCUAUUGCUAAUUUGUUUUUGGAUGAGCUUUACAAGGUGAAGGUUCUACUUGAUAAACCUUCAAGCAUCUCAAAUAAUCCUCAACUGCAAGUGCUUGCUAAUGAAAUGAAGUUGAAAUAUGACAAGUAUUGUUCAAAGUCUAAUAGAUUGAUUUCUAUUGGUGCAGUUCUUAAUCCAAGGUAUAAAAUGAUCUUCAUCAAAUGUGUAUAUCCCUUCUUGUAUCCCAAUCCUACUCAAGCCACUGCCUAUGAACAAGAGUUGACAACCAACUUAAAAUCACUCUUCCAAUUGUAUCAAGAUACCUAUGGAACCAAUGAUGAGAAUGUCCCCGUAUCUGAAACUCCAAAAGUAGGAUCUAGUUCUGGGUUGGGAAAGGAGGAGUUUUGA